AUCGUCUACUGGCGGCCUCUUGGCAAGAAGACUCGUGGAAGCAAGCAAUCUCUUGCUUUUCCCCUCGGGGAUCCCCUGGCACGAUGGUUCCCUGCCACUCUCCUCGAACCCCCUGCGAAGCCUCCUCCUUCGUCUUCAUCCUCUUCUCCUCUCCCCCUCUUAUACCGCCACCAUGUCACUCCCUCCAGCCCACUCCCCGCCGCUCCUUCCUCCUGCUCUUCCACCGCCUCUCCCUCCCCCCCCGCCACCUCUCACUCUUCCUCCUCCCCUCUCGUUCUCCCACACUCAGGGAGUAAGAAGCACUGCGGAGCUGAUUCUGAAUCCUCGACCGCCGAAGCGUCUUGGAUGGAAAGCGCGAGUUCGGACCACGUGGUGCUCCAGAAGAUCACCGAUCACUUGCUCGGCGAGUCAUCGUCGCCCGCUCUCGAGGCCAUCUUCGACGACCUCUUCGCUCCUGCCGGUAAUCCUGACGCGAAGCUAGUAAGUACUGCAAAUGGAAGCCCCGGCGUGCUUGUCUGGCCGCCCACGAAAACUUCUUCUCCCGAAACUCCUGAGCGGAAUCCUGCUCCCUUUUUUGAUCGCGAGCUGAGCCUCCCGGCGGAUUUCCGCGCUUUUCGGGGAAAAUCGCGAGUUUUCCGCCAUACGGGGUCCGGCUCCUUCGUCUACGAGGAGAAAUUGGAGAGCUCUGCCGAUUCCAUGGGAGAACCCGGCGGCUUCCCGGGGCAGAAUUUCCGGUCGAUAAUGAUCGAGCCGAAAACCGAGACGGUUGACGACUUUUUCCAGGAUCCUCACCACCUUUCGUACUCAACGUCCGUAUCGUCGUAUCGCGAACAGGAGAUCGGAAUCCCUAACUUCGGGAACCGCGGAUUCCCCGUGGCUCUUCAAUCACCGGACGAGAAACUGCCGAUUGUCCACCAGAACGUCGCUAUGGCCUCGCCGGGAGCCACCGGCGGAGGAGGAAAACGGCGCCGCACUGCGGCGUUGAAUCUAACCAUCACUCCGCCAACUCCGUCGCCAUUGAGUGUCGUCGGAAAGGAGGACGCCGAUGUGCGCCACUAUCGGGGCGUGAGGCGCCGGCCCUGGGGCAAGUUCGCGGCGGAGAUCAGGGACCCGGCCAAGAACGGCGCACGGGUUUGGCUGGGAACAUACGACACCGCAAUCGAGGCCGCCCGAGCGUACGACCGUGCAGCGUUUGAGAUGAGGGGGAGCAAAGCCAUCCUCAACUUCCCCCUCGAGGCCGGCAGCCACUGGCAGCAAAGUGAGGGCCGCGUCUCCCGAAAAAGAAAGAACGAAGGGCAACCCGAGGUAGAGGAGCCGUUGCCGGCUGCCGAAAAAACGGAAGAAGCGGAGGGGGAGGAGGAGGAGGAGGAGGAAGAAGAGGUAACGGAAGAGCACCGCCAGACGGAGACCGGAGCUGCCCCACCUUUGACACCAACAAUCUGGUCAAGUGUCUCCGAUCUGAAGGGCAUCUUCAGCGUCCCCCCGCUCUCUCCUGUGUCACCCGGCCACCCCUUUAGCUUUCCUCAGCUUCUCGUCAAUUAGGUGUAUCGUACUUCCGGCAGGCGGAUCGACGGAAUCCUCGGGGAAUCCCGUCCGGCGAAGGUCUUCCCCCGAGAGAUUUGGGAAUUCCCAUAAUGACCAGAUUAUCCCGGCCGGUUCUCACUGGAGAUAGUAAGGUGUUGUACGUAACUAGGUGUAGGGCUGAAGUCGUCCUUUUAGUGUUUAUUAGGGUUUGUUCGGUCAAUUCGACCUAGAUAAACAGGAUAAGCUUGGCCAGAGGCCUGCUGGUGUGAAUACGCUACCGCUCUCCCGUUCUUUAUAUUCUUUGAUUAUUUAUUUGUUAUUGCUUGUUUGUUCUACUCAAGCAGACGGUAAAAUGAUUAUCAAGCCCAUAAGUUCCAUGUUAGUCAAUUCAUAAGAAAAUUUGGUUUGUUUA